AGAGGAAAGAGAGAAAGAUUCGCCAGACAGUCUCAUCAGCAUAGGUGAUGGGUCGAGAUGCGAGUGGGGCUAGAGCUAGUAUAAAAGAGGGUCCGUGGCAUCUGUGGAGCAUCAGUCCUCAAAUCCAAGGAACAGCAGCUACCAUGAGGGCAUUCAUGAUCGUGGUGCUCGCCGCUUCAGCGAUGGCGCGGCCAGAAGCCGGUUAUUCUUACUCUCAGCCCAGCUCCUCUUAUGGAACACCAGGAGGUGGAACUACUGGAAUCGGUGGAGGAUUAGGUGGUGGAUUAGGCGGUGGACUUGGAGGUGGACAUGGCGGUGGAAUCGGCGGUGGACUAGGCAGUGGAUUGGGCGGUGGACUUGGCGGUGGACUCGGUGGUGGAUUCGGUGGAGGUUUCGGUGGUGGCUUCGGAGGUGGCAUCGGUGGCGGUGGCGGUGGAGGUUUUGGUGGAGGCAUUGGAGGAGGUGGUGGCUUUGGAGGUGGUUCUCUGAUUCAGAAACACAUUUACGUGCAUGUGCCACCACCAGAAGCCCCAGAAGACAGACCAACCAGACCUAUUGCACCACCUCCACCACCUCAGAAACAUUAUAAGAUUAUAUUCAUCAAAGCACCUACACCACCAACUCCCACUGCUCCUGUUAUUCCUGCUCUUCCUCAACAAGAUGAACAGAAGACAUUGAUUUACGUGUUGGUUAAAAAGCCAGAAGAAGCGCCAGAAAUCACUUUGCCCACAAUUGCUCCUACUCAACCGAGCAAACCAGAAGUAUACUUCAUCAAAUACAAGACCCAGGUAAACAAUUCUCUCAUUCAAUAUUGAAAUUAAAAAUUUUUAUGAAAUGCCAUAUGGAAAGUAAU